CACGCUUGCGCUUAUCAUAAGUCCGCAAAGCGAGAAGCUUGCUCAGAAGGCUUGGUGUUCCUCAGCUUGUACGGAGAUCAAAUGAUUCUGCCCGUCCAGAUGUUGACUCGUUGUGAUUGAUACUCGCUAUAAUCCGGGAACUGACCCGGCAGCAUGGGUGUCCAUGGCUUGUGGACUGUCGUGCAGCCCUGCGCAAGGCCCAUCAAGUUGGAAACACUCAACAAGAAGCGUCUGGCAGUUGAUGCAUCGAUCUGGAUCUAUCAGUUUUUGAAAGCUGUCCGUGACAAGGAGGGAAACGCCCUGCGCAAUUCUCACAUUGUUGGCUUCUUCCGCCGGAUAUGCAAGUUGCUCUACUUCGGGAUCAAACCGGUCUUCGUCUUCGAUGGCGGAGCUCCAAUACUCAAGCGGCAAACUAUCACAAAUCGAAAGAAAAGACGUGAGGGCCGCCGAGAAGAUGCGGUGCGAACCGCUGGGAAGCUGUUGGCCGUGCAGCUGCAGAGGUCAGCUGAGGAAGCCGCAGCAGCGAGCCGGAGGCGAGCUACUGACCGCGUGGAGGAGGUCCCGGAUAAUCCCGUGUAUGUCGAAGAUGCUUUCAUGACCGAGAAAGAGAAAACCCAGACGCGCGCCUUCCGGAAGAAGGAUGCCUACCAUUUACCAGAUAUGCAAGUCUCCCUCGAGGAGAUGGGGGCUCCUAACGAUCCCCGCAUCAUGUCUCGUGAGGAGCUUGAAGAGUACGCGAGACAGUUUCACCAGGGUGAGGAUAUUAAUUUGUAUGACUUCUCAAAGAUAGACUUCGAUAGUCCCUUUUUCGUCAGCCUGCCGGCUACGGAUCGGUACAACAUCCUCAACGCAGCCAGACUCCGGAGUCGCUUGCGUAUGGGUUACUCGAAGGAGCAGUUAGACACCAUGUUUCCUGAUCGUAUGGCUUUUUCAAAGUUUCAGAUCGAACGCGUCAAGGAAAGAAACGAUCUUACGCAACGCUUAAUGAACAUUAAUGGCAUGAAUGGUGAGGAGGCAUUCUACAAGUCUGGACAAAGAAUAGCCGGCGAAAGAGGAAAGGAGUAUGUUUUAGUGAAGGAUAAUACUAUCGAGGGUGGCUGGGUCCUCGGUGUGGUCGGAAAUAAAGAAGGCCAGGAGGACAAACCAAUCGAUGUGGACCAGUAUGGCCAGCACCAGGUGGUGGCUCCAAAGGAGGAGUUUUCUGAUGACAGCGAUGGCGGCUUUGAAGAUGUUCCAAUCGAAGGCCUCAAUCGACUUCCUAAGCUCCCUUUCCUGCGACAAGGUGCAUUCGACGAAUCGCUUAUGGACCAAAUGCGUGGAGAGUUAGAUCGCAGAAGACCUUCGGACAUCAUGGACGAUGACUCUUUGUUCGUCCGAAGUGACCGACGCUCUAGCUUUGCAAAUGAUGGACAAAUUGAUGGAGACGAUAUGUUUCAUGAUCCAGAAGAUAACGACGAGGAGCUUCAGCGUGCUAUACAAAUGUCCCUAGAAGCUCCAACCCACGUCAAUGAAGACAAGGACAUGCCAGAAAUUCAAUUGAAUCGAAAUGAAAAUCCAUUAUCGCAGUACAGAGACGAACCGGUGGAUCUAAUGGACGAAAGUGAAGAUGAUUUUGACUUUGCUGCUGCUCUGGCUCAGUCCAAGAGGACCGAAAAGACUGGUACAACUACUCGUGUGGCCAACCCCUUUGCUGGCCCCCUACCUUUCGAAUCGAUGCAGCUUAUGAAGCCAAGUCAAGUCAAUGAGGCACCGAAGAUUUACCAAGCCGAGAAAAGUCAAGCCAAGGGUGGUGAAGAAGCAACAAAAGCUAAGAAGGAAGCUUUACCUUUGCCGCCAUGGUUCUCAGCGGCGGCUCAUGAUGACCAUCAAGCCGGCUUCAUUGCAGAAGAAGCUGAUAAUCGACUAGCCGAAGAAUCUCGCGACGAGAAGCCAGACGCGGACGCACUUUUUGUACGUGAAAAGCCAACGGGAUUCAAACACUCUACUGGCGAAUCCACAGACAGAAAAGAAGUCAUUUCUUUAGACUCUGAAUCAGAGUGGGAAGAGAUUUUGCCUGAAUCUUCGAAUGCUUCGACGACACACACAUCGAUGGCGGCUCCCAGCAGCAAAAGGUCUAUACAAUCACAGCCACCUGCUUCAUCACCUGAUCAAAACCUGAAAGCUGUCGAAUCAAAUAAUGCCCCUGAAGCAUCUCUAACAAAUGAUAUCAAAACCGGCGAGAAUGACGGCUUAAGCACCGCGCGGUCCGAAUCCUCUCCUACUCCUGAGUUUGAGGAUGUUGCCAUACCGUAUGCUGACAUGGCUGACAAUGCUGAGCCUGCAGCGGAAGACGUCUUUGAGGACGUCCUGAUCACAAAUGGCGACAGCAUUGACAGCGCCAAGUCUCCCACAGAGAACGCACCAGUUUAUGAUCUUGUUGAGACAGGAGACGGCAUUGAACAGGAUGACUUUUCCGAUCCUGAAGAUGAGGAUUUGAUGCAGCAGCUUGCAGCCGAAGGCGAGGAACAUGUUCGAUUCGCCGCCGCAUUGAACUCCGAGGUGAAUGCCGGAAGUGCGUUCGACUACGAGCAAGAGCUGAAGCAGUUGCGCUUCCAACAGAAGAAGGAUCGCAGAGAUGCGGAUGAGGUGUCACAAGUCAUGAUUACUGAGUGCCAGCAGUUGUUGGCGCUCUUUGGCCUUCCAUACAUCACCGCGCCCAUGGAAGCCGAGGCUCAGUGUGCGGAGUUGGUUUCUUUAGGACUCGUUGACGGCAUCAUCACGGACGAUAGCGAUUGCUUUCUAUUUGGGGGAACGCGGAUAUACAAAAACAUGUUCAACCAAGGCAAAUUCGUUGAAUGCUAUUUGUCUUCUGACUUGGAAAAGGAAUAUGCCCUUCACCGCACCAAACUGAUUAGACUUGCUCAUCUACUGGGGAGUGACUACACGGAAGGCAUCCCAGGAAUCGGCCCUGUGACAGCGUUGGAGAUUCUGACAGAAUUCGCCGACUUGGAAGAAUUCAACGAAUGGUGGACACGAGUGCAGACGGGGGCCAAUUUGAGCGAAAACGAACACGCCGCCUUCUACAAGCGCUUCAAGAAGCAAGCCGCAAAGAUCUUCCUGCCGCCAUCUUUCCCUGAUCAUCGGGUUGAUGUGGCAUACCUUGAGCCUGAGGUGGACUCCGACCCUUCACCUUUCCAAUGGGGCGUGCCUGACUUGCACGGCCUACGCAAUUUCUUGAUGUCAACGAUUGGAUGGAGCCAAGAGCGGACGGAUGAGAUUCUCGUGCCUGUGAUCCGCGAUAUGAAUCGUAGGGAGCAAGAAGGCACGCAAUCGAACAUCACUAAUUUCUUUACCGGUCCCCAGGGUGCUGGCGCAUUCGCGCCUCGAGUCCGUAGUGGUGGUCAGAGUCGGAUGGAAAAGGCGUUCCGUCGCCUCCAACAACAGGCCGGGAAUAUCCAGGAGGAGCCAGAAGCGGUAGACGGAGAAGCAGCUCUUACUACUGAUCUCCUGCCCGAGAAUCAGCCGAAUAAUGGAGCAGCCACCAAACGUGGGGCGCGCAGAGCACGUCAGGAGCAGGACAAAGACAAGGUCUCGAACACUAAGAAGAGGAAAAUCCGCGGUGGGGCCAAGCAGUCCGAUUAGUGCUGUAACAUACCAGUGACCAGCAAAACGGCGUCAAGUGUAGUCUUAAACGACAACUCCCGUUUGUCUCCCAGCAGUUCCUCCCGUCGCAAUCCUCU